AUGGCGCAUUCGUCACAAAGGAAAGAAAUUCGCAGUUCCAGUCAAUGCGUUGACCCGUUUGUUGUCGGUUUGAUUGCCGUGCACCGGGCACCUCGAUUCUCCUUAGGUGUGCCCGGAACAUCUAAUGCUAACCAGUCCCGAAGUCGGAGCACUUCACCAGCCAUGAUAAACGCAUCUGGCUCACCAAAUACGGACGGGAGUAUGUUUAUGAAAAACUGUUUGGACAGUCGUUUCUAUGUUCGACUCAGUCUGAUCUACGCUGGCCGUCCGUUGAGCAGCAUCUGCCCGCAAGAUUCUUCUUCAUUCGGCUCCAGUCAAGCCACAAGCCACGUGCACCAAGCACAGUCCAAAUCAACCCCAUUCAGUCGGGAUACAUUCUAUAGUGAUGCUGGUCGCACUCAGACAAUCCUAUCCGGAUUUCCAAAGGUGCUACAGUUCGAUCAGUGGUUUAAGUUUCCCGGAUUUUCUAUCAAUUCACUUCCACGAGAAACUUUACUGUCCGUAUCAUUGUUCGCGUAUAAAAAGGGUUCCCCAGAACAUCCAGAAGCUGAUCGAAUUUUGAUUGGUUGGGUGAACAUCCCAAUCUUUCAAGCCAACGGACGACUGAAGCAGAAUACUGUGGUGGCUGGAUUAUGGCCCCCCAUAGACAAUAUGCCAGAAUGUCGGCUCACAUGGUCUCAGUCCAAUCGAUCCUCUACUUGUCCGGUGGUUCAGGUCAGCUUCCCGGAAUACCCGUUUGAUAUCGAAUAUCCGGAAAUAAAACCCGUUCCAAUUACAAACACAAGUUCUCCUCCGCGCCGAUUUUCUGAACUUCCUGCUGAAGCGAAACAAGCUGUACUUGAAGCUCAAUGUGCUUUAUUUCUUCAUACACUCAAUCCAGAAUUAUCAGCCAGUUCAACUCUUCAGUGCUGGACCUCUUACAGCGCUGCCGCGUCCGCUAGCAGUCGUGCUGUACGACACGGCAAGGCCUAUCCUGUUCUUCCCGAUCUUCAUUUAAGCGCCCUUACAUCUUGUUCAUUGACUGGAUCCUCUGGCCUGGUCACGUCCCCUGGAGGCCCGACGACUGUAAGCGUGGUGAAUACCACUAUGCCGGGAAGCAUGAGCGACGGUUCGACGCUCUCUCUCCCUUCACCUUCUCCCGUACCGAUUGAGGUGUUAUGGAAUGUGCGCUCUUGGUUAGCCGAUAUGCCUACCGGACUGGUCGCCCUACUCACCGCGGUGCUAACCACUUGGCCCCAAGAAGCGCAGAACGAUUCCUCGAAUCGGAAUUCCUCUUGGUCGUGGACCAAGCUGUUACAGGACAUAUAUAAUCUCUUGGCCGUGUCCAAACCACCCUGUCCCGGUUUAGCCCUUCGUCUUUUGGCUCCUGAUGUUGCUGAUCAGGGUAUUCGACACUGGGCUGUCCGUGCACUCGCUCAACUUCCAUCGGAUGUGCUCCUGCUCUAUUUGCCCCAGAUCUUGGAGGCACUGAAUCACGACCUGUACUUGGACUACUCCGGUCUGGCCAGUUUACUCCUGUUCCGAGCGGCAACCUCAGUACGGUUCGCAUAUGCACUGUAUUGGCAAUUGAAUCUAGUCACUCAGGACGCGGCUGCUGCAAACUCGGGCAGUCCAAUGCUAUCAUCUUCUGCGUCUAAUCCCAACCUCAAUUCUUCACUUCCAAACAAUGCUUCUUCCUAUUCAUUACCUGCUGUGAAUUGUACAACUAACAAUCAUACUAGUGCGGGUGCGAAUAGCUCCAUCCUCCCGAAUUGCUGGCGUGGACGACGUUUUCUCUUGCUCAAAUCCGCUCUGCUAUGGCUAGCAGGAUCUCAAUUACGUGCGGCCUGGCAACGCCAGGAAGAAAUAAUCGAUCGUCUUUACCAAGCAGCGGUUGCCGUCAAACACUCCAAGGGUAGCGCAAGUGCACGAGAAGAGGCACUUCAAAGUCAUUUGCGGUCAAUGAUGCGACUUUUAAAUGAAGAUAAUUCGCGUUCGAUAGUCGGUAAGGCCAUUCAAAAUCAAAUAUCGACCCCCAAACCCAACACCGCGCCUGCAAUACCGGCCCCGGUUCCAUUGCUCAUCCAACUGGAUGAGGAGAAUAAUCAGGCGGAACAAACAUCUACAGAGAAUCCCAACAACUCCAGUCCCCAGCAAAGCACCGUUGCGUUGGUUCCCCUUCAACCGGCAUCAUUUUACGAUGUCGGAUUUCGUAUGCCUUACAAUCCGGGCUUGCUAACCCAUCGAAUNGCUAACCCAUCGAAUCGAUCUACACGGAACAAAAUUGGUGGUGUUGGACUUCCACCAAACAACCUUCAGUCAAAUAUUUGCGCAAUUGUUUUAUACUUUGGUGUAUCUAGCUCAAUAGCCGGUUUGGAAGAAUUCGACCCUCAGGAAUGCGCUUCUCUUGGAGGUUUCUUGAUAGUUUCGAAUGCCGGUGACGAUUUACGUCUGGACAGCCUGAUUACACAAAUGACGUUUAUCAUGGAUCGGAUCUGGUUAAAUGCUGGUUUGGAUUUGCGCACUAUCCACUUCCGGAUUGUCCCCACCGGUGAUCGAAAAGGUCUCAUUGAGUUGGUAUCUGAGUGUAGCACGUUGAGGCAAAUUCAACAACAAGGCGGUGGUCUAACCGGUCCGUUCAAAGAUUCUGUGAUCACCACCUGGCUCCAGUCUCAGAACACAACGGAACUUGAUUAUAAACGAGUGAGUGAUGAAUGCUCGUUCUGUUUGUUUUUCCCUUGA